AUGCCGGUCGGAGCAGACAUCGAGAAAAUGUUUCAUCAAGUGAAAGUUCCCGAAGAAGACCAGGCAGCCUUCCGAUUUCUCUAUCGGACGCCUGGCAGUAUUUCAGCCCCGUUAACGUACCAGACGACUGUUCACGUAUUCGGAGCCAUAUCCUCUUCGAUGAGCUGCAUCUUCGUCCUCAACAGGACGGCCGAUGAUCACCGCAACCAGUUUCCAGACGUAGCUGAUAGUGUUCGACGGAAUUUUUACGUUGACAAUUACCUCAACUCUUUUGACUCUGAAGACGAGGUCAUCAAACCGUCCCGCCAAAUGAAAUCCCUUCUCCAGUUGGAUGGGUUCAACCUGACAAAGUGGACGUCGUCAUCAAAAACGGUGAUAGCAGCGCUACGAGAGUUCGGCCUCGCCUCACCAACUCUGGAUCUGGACUUGGAGAACCUCCCCGUCGAAAGAACCCUUGGAGUAAUGUGGGACAGCGAACGAGAUAUUCUGACGUUCAAGAUUCGGAAGCCGCCAAACAACGUGACCCUCACGAAGCGAGCCUUCCUCAGCAUCAUCUCUAGUGUCUACGACCCGCUGGGACUUGUCGCACCUGUUAUCUUCAUAAUGAAGUCAUUACUCCAAGACAUUUGGACAAACGAAGAACGGAUUGGUUGGGACGACGUUUUGCCUGAACCGUUGAGCAAACGCUUCUACUUCUGGUAUGAUCAUCUGGAAAAUUUGGAAUCUCUGUCAGUUCCGAGAUGCUUCCGUUUUAAACGAGGACGUUGGACUCAACAGCACCUCCACGUCUUCACGGAUGCAAGCUCCAAAGGUUACGGAGCAGUAGCCUAUUUCCGCACUGUAUUCGAAGAUCAGUCCAUCAACGUGUCUUUCGUUCUGUCGAAAACACACGUCACGCCGGUGAAAGGUCUCACGAUUCCACGUCUAGAGCUACAAGCUGCAGUAGAAGGUCUCAACACCGCCCUCACAAUUUGUCGUGAACUAGAAAUCGACCUUCGCCAAGUGACGUUCCACACGGACUCACAAAGGGUGCUGCGGUGGAUCCAUUCCAAAACCUGCCGAUUUGAAGUCUUCGUCAACAACCGCAUAGGAAAAAUACUCCGGAACACAGGUCACCGACAGUGGCGUCAUGUUGCUGGAGACUCGAACCCAGUGGAUCUCUGCAAUAGGGGUAUCGAUCCAAAGGAUGUCGACGAAUUGGUCUACUUCCAUCGAGGACCUUCGUUCCUGAGCCUAGACCCCUCAGAAUGGUAUAUCUGGGAAGAAAUUACAGAGCCUGAAGAACGGGAUGUAAACGUGAUCCCCGUCUUAGCAGUCACGACGGAAGAUGAGAACCAUGUCAUCGACCGAUGUGUCGGACUUUUUUCCAGCCUGUUGAAACUGCAACGAGUGAUGGCUUGGAGUCUAAGAUUUGCCAACAACGCUAGAGCAAGACUACGUGAAGAAAAACCCAUGGUCGGAGAGUUAACGGUAGAAGAAAUGGUAACGUCGAUAACAAAAUGCAUCAUACGUGCACAGGAAUUGGCCUUUACUGAAGAAUUCUACGCCCUUCGCAAGAAUCUAGAAUUACACCUCAGAUCGAAGCUUCGUACAUUCAUGCCCUUCUUGGAUGAAGCCGGACAGCUGCGAAUAGGCAGACGUAUACUUCACGCGCCAAUAGAUUAUGCAGCCAAGCACCCCAUACUCCUACCAGCGACUUAA